AUGAAAGUUUCCGAUAGGCGUAAGUUUGAAAAAGCAAACUUUGACGAGUUUGAGUCGGCUCUAAAUAACAAAAACGACUUGGUACAUUGUCCCUCAAUAACUUUAUUUGAAUCGAUCCCCACGGAAGUGCGGUCAUUCUACGAAGACGAAAAGUCUGGCCUAAUCAAAGUGGUAAAAUUCAGAACUGGUGCAAUGGAUAGGAAAAGGUCUUUUGAAAAAGUUGUCAUUUCCGUCAUGGUCGGGAAAAAUGUAAAAAAGUUCCUGACGUUUGUUGAAGACGAACCAGAUUUCCAGGGCGGACCAAUCCCUUCAAACAAACCACGUGAUGGUCUACACGUUGUUUCAAGUGCAUACUUUGAAAUUCAAUAG